CGCCCAGAUGGCAGCACAGAACAGCGUGAAGUAUCGCAGGAUAGUGCUUUGCUUCUUGCAUAUAAAUUUAACGAUUGUGUUGUUCGUAGUUCCUGCGAAAAAAAGCAUUAAGAAAUGAAAAUUGUGGCAAUAUUUUGCUUGUCGUCUUUGAAGGUAUCACUUGAAAAUAUUUUUCUACUGUGCCAGUUUCAGAUGUGAUGUUGCAGCAGUUCUUGUUUUGACAAGAAAGAUGGUACGCGUUGGUGUUACAUGAACGUAUAAUGCCGCCCAAGUUUAAGAAAACUGUGCCUCAAGAAGAUUUAGUGGCCGCCAAAGAUGAGGAAAGAGCUUCACUGUUGGAACAACAAAGUGGAAGUGAGGAAGAUGAAGGUUUCUUUCUUAAUUCUCCAUCAACAAAACGUGAAAAGAAAACCUUAGAAAACGAACGUAUUAAACAAGUCCAUGGUCAGAUCACCGAAGUAAUUGAAACAUUAAGAGAUAAUGUGAAAAUCCUAGACAGAGGCAAACGUCUUGAAGAACUACAGGACACAUCAGACAGAUUGACAGCUGCGAGUAUAGAUUUCAGGGAAGCUUCUAACCGAAUGAAAAGACGUGCCUGGGCUCAGCAGAUGAGAACGCGAGCCAUAUUAAUUGCAGUUUGCAUCAUACUAUUGGUGGGUUUGAUAGAUCCAAACUGUAGCCAAGGGGGGCAUUUUGAAAUGUCUAGCAUUUUCUCCAUCUGGCGUCAGUACGAAAGUUCCAGUCAUCGUCCAUUAUUCCCGAGCCUGAAGACAUCUCUGUGUUCGAAUAUUUGAAGAUAAUGUCCUUGAACUUGAAUAGGAUGUGUGUGUCCUGAAGUGUUCUGCGUUCUGAAUAGUUGGAGAGUAGUUUUAACCGUUCCAGUGUAUAUUACAGCUUAACUUACCAGAACUUACAUGUUUUCAGUUACCUCUGUUUAACUGUGUUUAUUGGGUCAUUGGCACAGUCACAUUAUGUCACACUUAAUCAUUAAGCCUGCUAGUGCUUACUCAAUAAAUUGAAUUGCUUAUGUAUGAUUUAAUUAUCUUGCCAAAUAAUACAGGCUGUGCACAUUAUGGCAAUGUUAAAACAGUAAGGUCAUACAGACUGUACAGUGAGUUGUCAAACCAAGCUUCAGGUUGGAAACAUUGAAUAAAUCAUGUAAGCUAGUCACAAAAAUUUUUUCAGUUAUGUGACAGAAUUCUGUGAUUCCAACAACAUACAUGUGCAUAUAGCUAUUCAUAAAUAAAUUAAUAUGUGCACAAUUCAGAAUUCCCUGUCUGUCAUUGUUUGGCACCCCUUUCAACUUCUCUCUUUGUACUGCGCAUACACGCGUGAGAAACAAAAAUGGAUUUGCCGACACCAAAUUCGUUUCUUACUUUCUUUCAAUAUUUUAUACAUACCUUGUCUAAAAUCACAACUUAAUUCCCCUCUUGCAAUUGUACACUCUGCCUACUGACUGAUUGACUUCUUACUAUGUGCUGCAGUGCUGUGAAAUGGCACACAUGGGCUACAUGGUGAAGCACUAGCCCAUUAAACCAUUAGAGUUAUCCAAGCAUCUAAUAAUGGAAAAUCCAGGAUGGAAUAAUGACAGUAUUUUGUAAAGGAUAGAUUGCUACUCACCAUAAAGAGAAGAUAUAGAGCUGCAGACAGGCACAACAAAAAGAUUGGUAAAUGUGAGCUUCCAGCCAAAGGGCCUUCUGUAAAAAUGGUCCAUGUCUAGAUGUUGCAACAGUAGUAUUAGGAUCUACACAGUAACAAUCUGAAACGCGUUUUUUCCGCAACUUCUUCAACAAAAUUGCCUGCAGUAUAUUUGUAAGUCUUUUUUUAUCCUAAUUUGUUAAGAUACCUAUUUUAUGUUAGAAUUUCCUAAUAAACGUUAGACAGUGCAUGCCCAAAGAAGAGAGAGUCAAAAAGUAGCAGUUACGUAAAUAUCAGUAAUAAUUGCUUUAUGUAUUGCAACUCUGAUGUCAUUAACAAAAUCACAUUGAGAAUAUCUGCACAUCAAACAUGAAUGCUGUUUGUAAGUCAUCCAUAAUAUUUUUAAAAGCUUUUUCAAAAAAUAUGGAGCCAGGCAGUCGUCAAGAUGCAUUUUUCUAGGGGCACCCUAUAUUAUUUGCAGAGUGGUAUCUAUUUGGUGGCAAAUAUCAUUUGACAUUAUAUGUCCAUCCUAAAGCAAAAAAUUUAAUAACAUAGGCGGGGAAGUAGCUCUGAGAAAAUGAUGAUAAAAGAGAUUAAAUGGCCAGAGAGCCUUGUGGUCAUGAAAUAGUAUACGUAUGUCGGGACAGUGCCUAGGUCAAGUUCAGGUGCUAGACAUUAUCUGUUUACAUGUGUGUGGCUCCUGUUAUUGUGUUUGGACAACAAACUAGUUAGUGUGAGUUAAAUAAGCAAAUUAUAAGUGCUACUGGUUAAUCAGAAAUGCAGCUGAAGUAAUUGUAAUAUUUUUGAAACAAUUGCUGAGACAAGGAAAGGAAGUUCAGCCGCACAAACAUAUUGGCAGACAUGUAAAGAUGCGAAACAAUAAGGUAAAUAUGGUAACUCUGCAGUCAAACCAAAGCAUUUCAAAAAACUGUUUCUCAGCAAAUUAUCCAUAAGUUAAAUUACACAGGAUUUGAGAAAAUGCUGAAUUUAAAUGUUAAUAUGUUUAAUGGACAGAAUGUGGCAACCCAGUUAUUUUAAACCUUACUCACAGGUCCAUUAAGAAAGUAAUGAACCCAUCUCUUGCAAAAUACAGAACUUUACACAGCAAAUAGACACACAGGUGAUGUGUGUGAGAGUUGUGCUUACGUGUAUGUUUUCUACUUCAGAAGAAGGCCGUAUGGCCAAAAGCUUCGCUGUAUAGCAGUCUUUUUGUUGUGCCUGUCUGCUACUCACCAUCUCCUUAUAUGGUGAGUAGCAAUCUAUCCUUUUCACAAUAUUGUCGUUACCCCAUCCUGGACUUUCCAUUGUUUAACUCAACAUUCUUACAACUACCAGUGGUAGUUUGGCACGGAAUUGUUGAGAAAACUGGAAAAAUGCACCAGCAAUGGAAGAAAAUUAAGAGCCAUGUAAUAGUUCCUGUCUGUAGAGAAUUUCUUGGUUUUGUAGUGAUGUAGUAAUGUAAGUUUCGAGGCACUUAUGACCUCCCCUCCUCAACACAACUCUUGUCUUGACAGAUUUUGCAAAGAGGCUGCAAAAAGUGAACCUGUGUUAGAUGGAAAGCAUAAGAAAGCGUGUCCAAAGGUACAAAAAGUUUACAGUGCUGCGAGUGCAGUUGUGAAAUGCCCUGACAGAUUAAACUGUCUGCUAGACCAGUACAACAGCCCAUGCCCUUACCUUUUGUAGAAAUGCUUUUACAGACUGACCAAUCCUGGCACAACUCAUGAUCCAUCUCCACUGUUGUUAGACGUCUUAUAACCUAUCAGGAAAUUUUGGACCAAUAAAUCUGUAAAAACCUGAA